AUGCCGCGUGAGCUUGUCAAACGUGUCAAGGACAACCAUUCUUGCGACCUCAGAGCGCGCACCCCGUAUACCAAACGUCGUUCUGGCCAAACCGACUCCGACACCGUCCUACAUUCGAACAAGUUCUGCUGGUACAUCCCACCAGAACUUCGCGACGAGGUCAUCGACCAGCUGCACGCCGACCGCAACGCCCUCAAGGCGUGUGGCUUGACUUGCCGCGCCUGGCUCCCGAGGAGCCGCUACCACCUCUUCCGUAGCAUCACGCUCGACCCCGGCCACAUCGGUGACGCGUUCAGGCGACUCAUACAUUCAUCGCCCAUAAUCGCCACUUAUGUAAAAGACGUUGAGAUCCUCGGCAACUCGGGCACGCGGUCACCAUGGGAUUCCAAUCCGUUCAUCUCGUGGCCGACACUGAAACAGGCUCCCCGCGGACGCGGCGACACUGCCGCCGUCGAGACUGCAGCGUGGUUGCAGCGCGUGCUACCCUCAAGCACUCCGUCGCUGCAGAAGGUCGUCUCGCUCAAGCUGACGGCACUGACGUUGAGCGGCAGCGUCACAGUCGCACUAUCCCCUCACUUUAGCUGUGUAACCGAGCUCGUGCUCGAUGGCUGCAGGGGUGUGGCCUUUGCGGAUGUGGUGGGGCUGCUGAACAGUCUGCCCCGUCUCAAGACUCUCCGCUUGCUUUCGGCUCAGUGGCUGCCCGGGCAUAGCAGUCCUACAGAGACCAGUCAGCAAUCAGUCAUUAGGCUCAGGCGCCUAGAAAUCUCUCGCAAGAUCGAUGUCGCUCCCCUCGUCUCCUGGAUGCUCUCAGCAAACGUGCACGUAGAGAUGGUGUCCCUCUCAUGUUCAUUGUCUGGUCCAAAGUCUGUUUCCGCUAUCCGCGACUUGUUACAUGCAACCGGUUCCACGCUUGAGUACCUAACCAUCGGUUUCGAAGAUACCCGAGAUACCACAGAUAUCCUGCAAGCAACACAUUUUGACAUGACCGAUUCCGUUCGUCUCCGCCGUCUCCAUAUCUGCUGCUCGUCCGUCGAACAUUCGCUCAUGCUAUCCUCCAUCCGUCCUUCACUCUCUUGGAUUGUCAUACUGCUCUCCGCGGCACACGCCCCCCACCUCGAGGAAAUCACAUUUGCGAUUCGGCUAGCCGAUCUUCGCGUCCUCAAUUUGGAAGGUCUCGACGUGGUGCUCUCGCACACUCGAUUCCGCAGCUUGAGGAUCGUCAAAUUCGAGGUUGAGCUGCAUCGCGACGCGCCACAAGCAUUCAACCGAGACUCGGUGUGUGACCGGAUGCAGGCUAUGCAUGCGAAAGAUGUUCUUCGCUUCGAGGUGUGCCAUUCGAGCCGACGCACUAGGAGAUGCUAUUAG